GAAACUGCUGUCGAUAUAAGACAAAGUGUUAGAGGGAAGCAUGUAUUUAUUCUCCAAACUGCUAACAAAAAUGUUAAUAAUAAUGUCAUGGAAAUGCUUAUUUUGAUAUAUGCUUGCAAAACAUCAAUGGCAAAAACAAUUACUGUCGUUUUACCUUACAUGCCUUACAGCAAACAAUGUAGAAUGUUUAGACGUUCUUCUGUUCCGAUGAAAUUAGUAGCCGAUAUGAUAUGCAAAGCUGGUGCUUCUCGUGUUGUUUCUUUGGAUUUAUAUCGAAAGGAGAUACAGGGCUUUUUUGGAAUUCCUGUAGAUAAUUUACGUGCUUCUCCAUUCCUUUUACAUUAUAUUAUUGGAAAUAUUCCCGAUUAUAAAGAUGCUGUUAUUGUAGCAAAGAAUCCGGGAGUGAUGAAUAAAGCAACUUCUUACACUGAUCGACUAAAACUUGGAAUAGCUGUAAUACAUGGAGAACAAAAAGUAGAUGAAGAGAGUGGGAGAGAGGAUGGCCGUCAAAGUCCUCCAACAGCUUCACUUGGAGUUACUUAUGAAUUUCUUCCUCCAAAUGUUCCAAAAGACAAACCUCCCCUUACUGUUGUUGGGGAUGUUAGUAAUAAAAUUGCGAUAAUUGUGGAUGAUAUUAUUGACGAUGCUCAUUCAUUUGUUGCUGUUGCAGAGGUUUUGAAAGCUCGUGGAGCUAAAAAAAUUUAUGUAGUUGCGACACACGGACUGCUUUCACUCGAUGCGCCAUCACUUCUUGAGGCAUCGCCGAUUGAUGAGAUAAUUGUGACAAACACAGUUCCACAUGAAAUUCAAAAGCAGCGUUGCCACAAAAUCAAAACUGUUGACAUUUCACUUUUGCUUUGUGAAGCAAUCCGACGAAUAUACAACAAUGAAUCAAUGGCUCCGCUGUUUAAAGAUCUUACAAUUGAUGACUAA